AUGCUGAUACGCUCCGUCUAUCAGCUCGUCCAUGAGCCCGUCGCCAAUGCUCUUUGCGACAUGAGCAAGGCCGAGUACCAGGACUGCCUGCAUGCCCUCUUCGAACAAUACGGGCCUGAUCCGGAGAUUUCCAUGGUGGCAGGCCGACGUCAAUCUUCUCUACCAGAUAUCACUGAAGAAUCUGAGGGUGAUAAUAAGUACUAA